CUGCUGUCGCGCCGGACUGUUGAGAGCGACCGUUGGAACAUAUGAAGGAUAUCCUUGUGAUUUAUGAACAAGAAGCGGAAGAAUGGGCUCUGUAUUUAAAAACUCUCUUCAGGCACAUACUGAAUGAAGAAGGAAUCUUACUGUACAGUCUUGACACUUCAUCUAUCAAGCCCUUGGAGUUAUUUUCUUUAUCCUGUUAUAAAUGUAAACUGCUGAUACUAUCAGGUGGACUUGUUAAAAGUCUGAAUCAAAAGAGAAGUUAUUUUCUUGAGCAAGUUCUCAAACCUCCAGAUGAUGUGGUGAUUCUGCUUUGUGGAGUAGAGAAUUCAGACAUUCUUUAUAAUGUACUGACUCUAUCUAGAGGCAGCAGAGAGAUCUCCGCUGAUCAAGAACCUGAGGAAUAUCUCUCCAUUGUUACUAGAAUUAUUCAGUCAGGUAAACCACAGAACAAAAGCCUUGAAGACUCUCUGUCUUAUGUAUAUGAAGCAGUUCUUGCAGAUGAUUUCCAAAAUAACGCAGAUGUUAACUUGUCCAGUAUCAGAAGAGCAUCAGAAGAAACAGAUCUUUUUUUGGAAACCAACCAUGUUUCUGAAACAUUAGAAACUCRCCAGCAAUCAGCACUGGUGCUUCCGGCUAGGAUAUCAUGUGAAAACCCUGGUGAAAUAUUUAUUUUGUUGAAAGAUGAAGUUGAUGAUGAAACUUUAGAAAUCGAAUUCAUAGCGGACAAUCAACGAAUUAGGACACAUCCAGCCUCUUGGAAUCAGAAGGUCAAGUAUAUGAAAGCCGUGGAUUUUCCUGCUGGCCCUGUGUAUAUAAAUGUCUACUGUGGAGGAGUCAUUAAGGCCACGGCACAGAUUGAAUACUAUACUGAACUAGGGGAGAUUGAGAACAUUCUCAAAAAACUGGCUGAUCCAAUAGCUUUUGCUUGUCAGGCUUUUGAAUUCUCUUCCGUAGAAAAGCUGGACAAUAUUUUGACUUUGCUACUGAAAAUCAAGAUGUCUGCUUAUGAAUUCAGCACAUGCCAAAGUGAAGAGUGCCAUCAACUAGCCAAUUUGGAAGAACUUCCCACUCUCUUUCAUUGUGCAGCAAAACUUGGAUUAAAAAACCUUACUGCUCUUCUGCUCAAGUGUCCUCAGGCCACUCAGGCUUGCAGCAUAAUCAACAAAGAUGGAGACAGUCCAGCAGGCAUUGCUGAAAAGCAUGGUCACAAGGAACUACAGAAAUUAAUCAGAGAUUUUUUGACCAAUAGGGCAGAUAACUUCACCAGUUGCGAGGAGGAAGUGGAAGAGGAUGACACUUAUGUCCUUAUGUUAGGCUCUGAAACUCAACCAGCCAUUUCAUUAAAAGCCAAGCAGAGCCCAGGGGAUCAGCAUGGAGUUGGAUCAAGACGCCAAAGAAAAGCUCAGGUGGAUGAAGAAAAGGAGGAGGAUGUAGAAGAUAACGAGGAAGAAACCAAGACAGAACAUGAAGAUAAAGUAGGGGGAGGUUCAUACAGCUGCAACAAUUCUUACAGUUUGUAUGCCAACCUGUGUGAUGAGGAUCCUGGAGAGAACAUAAGACACACUUUUUUCUAUAAGAGGCCACCCCUUCCUCCCCCUCGAAAUCUGGCUGGCACCCUAAGACAGGAUGAUCUGCACCAUUUUGCACAAGAGAGGAAUUUGGUGGAAGACAGAAGUGAAAGAGAACACAAUGACAGAGACUUAGCAUGCUAUAGAGAAGACGACGAUACAUGUGAGGAAGAUGAGGAGGAAGACCCGUACAGUUGUGCGAGGCUGGACGAGUGCGUGUACGAUAUGAUCCUGGCUGAUGAGGAGGAGAGGAGGGCAGAGCACAGGUCUUUUAUUGUGAACAGGCCCCCAGCCCCUGCCCCUCGUCCUGUGCGCUUGCCGUGCAGAGAGGAGAACACUCCCUAUAUCGUACAAGUGUUUCAGCAAAAGGCUACUAGAUCACCCAGUGACCAAGAUAAGCUGUGCUGCAACGCCAGGAAGCAAGCAAUACCCAGAGGUCACAUGGAAAUGGUGACGUACAGCACUUUGCGACACACCAUCCCAGCUCAACAGGAAGAUCUGAUCCAUUUGCAGGAAAAGGUGAAAAAGGGCACAAUUUCUGUGGAUGAAGCACUAGAAAAAUUUAAACAAUGGCAAACCGAAAAAGGCCAACGCCCCUCCACUCAGCAGGAAAAGGUACUUUGUCUCAGAGAAAACCACAUUGGCAACAGAGCAGAAAAGGAAAACAUGAAUGUUCACAAGGGAAACAGACCAGACAGCAUUAAUUUCAGAGACCUGCUCUACUACAUGCCAUUUAAUAAAGCRGUAUGUAUGAUUGCUGACCGUUCUCAGAUUUGUUGACAAGGUCUGAGUUCUUUCCCAUCUGUAAACAGGCUCACCAGCUGUACCUUUUAACAAGACAGG